AUGUCUUCGAAUGACAUUCGUCAACUUCAAUUAGCUACGCAAUAUUUAGCUUUUGCAGUUGGUUUUCCUGUACUUAUCAUCGGUAUUGUGGGUAAUCUUCUAAAUAUUAUUGUUUUUCUUACUUUGGGUAAUUAUAGACACAAUGCUUGUUCAUUUUACAUGCUUGCUAAAUCAUUUUUUGAUUUGAAUACGCUUCUUGUUGGUCUCAUUGGUCAUAUUAUAAUUCAAGGUUUUCGUUCAUAUGCUUUGACAAGUGGAACUUGGUGUAGAUUACGUAUUCCAUUAUUAUAUAUAAGUUCUCUUUGCUCUUACACUUGUCUUUGUUUCCAAUCUAUCGAUUUGUUUUUAUGUACUUCACGAAGUGCCAUUUUACGUCAACAGAGUACUGUUCGAAGAGCUCAUUAUUUAGUUAUUGGAUUUUUAUUUAUUUGGAUUUGUAAUGAAUCACCAUAUUAUUUCAUGCAACAACUUAGUAUUAUGCCCAAUUGGAGAUGUCAAACGACAAAUACAAUCUAUGCUCAAUAUCGAAGUUAUUUUACUAUUCUAGGAUUAUCUAUUACUAUUCCUAUUGUAAUAAUCAGUUUAUUUGGAUAUCUUUCUUAUCGAAAUAUGCACAGAAUGAAUAUGGAUGAACGACACACACAUUCUACUUUCAACAGACAAUUCAUAAAAAUGGGUUUAUCCGCAAUUAUUGUUGUCUUAGUAUUUCAAGCUCCAUAUGCUAUUGCACAAGUGUAUUUCACUGCUACAGCAAAUCUUACCAAAGAUGUUUAUCGUCAAACACAAGAACAAUUAGCAAAUGUUUUUUUCUUUAUUUAUGCUUAUAAUACAAAUGCGAGUUCUUUCUAUUGUUAUUGUGCAACUUCGAAACGAUUUCGACAACAAGUUUUACAUGUACUCAAACAAUUGACAUUCGAUCGAAGAAGAAAUCAAAUAAUUCCAUUAAGUCAAACUGGUCAUCAAGUGAUUGGCAGGCUUAAACGUAAAGUUGUUGAAGAUCCCAAAACACCCAUUGGACAUUUAUAUAAUAAUAAAGUUAUAAGUUUUAAGUCAGAAACUAUCUCAUUUCUAGUUCAUGCUGUCGAUUUAUUUUCGUAUCAAUCAAAUUGUGUUAUUGAACGUUACAUUAGGUUCAAAUAUCUAUUUCAAGCUCCAUAUGCUAUUGCACAAGUGUAUUUCACUGCUACAGCAAAUCUUACCAAAGAUGUUUAUCGUCAAACACAAGAACAAUUAGCAAAUGUUUUUUUCUUUAUUUAUGCUUAUAAUACAAAUGCGAGUUCUUUCUAUUGUUAUUGUGCAACUUCGAAACGAUUUCGACAACAAGUUUUACAUGUACUCAAACAAUUGACAUUCGAUCGAAGAAGAAAUCAAAUAAUUCCAUUAAGUCAAACUGGUCGUACGCUUACUCAAAAAAUAACAACUCAUUUGAGAAAAUGA